AUGCUGCAAAAAGUACAAGAAAAGUGCUUUCUUUGUUUGAAACAGUUCAAGAUAUUUACCACUUUUUUUAGAUCAAGUUCACUUAGAUGGAAACAAUUGGCUUUUGGAGAAGAUAAAGGACUAAAGAUUAAAAAUGUAACUAUAAAACAAUUAUGUCCUACCCGUUGGGAGGCUCGUCAUAAUGCAAUAUUUUCUUUAAAACAGAGAUUUUCAGAUAUUUUAAGAGUAGUUACAAAUAUUCAAUUAACAAGUGACAAAAGUGAUGAAAUACAUAUGGCAAAAAUAUUACAAAACAAACUAGGGUCAGCAGAAUUUAUUCUUAUUCUAUGCAUAUGGGAACCAAUUUUGGGAUCACUUCAAAUUUUAUCUAAAACUUUACAGUCUGUUCAUCUUAGCUUAAACAAAGCUUCAAUACAGUUACAAAAGGCUACUGAAAGUAUAGAAAAAAUGAGACAAGAGUACGAAAAAAUAACUGUUAACGCAAGAAAAUUGUAUGAAACAUGGAAUAUACCAUUUAAAUUUGAUAAAAAGCUUCAACGAUAUGCUGUAAGACAUUUUGACGAAGUAGAUAGUGAUUUCGACUUACGGUAA